CAACCCUCAGACGUCGACUUCAAAACGCUUCCGUAAAUAAUUCCACUCCGGUGCGUACUGCUACGUUUUCAGUGUACUAGCUAGUAUACGACGCUUUUGGAGAUAUUUUUCAACAUUUAUCUAAAUAGAAUGAAGGCCAAGGGAUUUGCAGUUACCCAUCACCUGUAAAGGUAAAGCGUUAGUUAGCAGGUUACGGACAACUAACCUAGUUCUUUUACUCGCCAUUUCGGUAAGAGCUACGACCCGAAAUUAUUUUAAUAGCAGGUUAGGAGGGCAGUUUUGCCAUCCCUAAUUAUUUUUCAUAACCUUAACCAAAUUGUCCUAACCUGCUACAUUGAUUCUCAUAACCCUUUGCGUAAUACUUUGUACUAAUCUGCUACGAAAAAGUAACUUCCGGUCGUAACUGUAUCGAAGUGGCGCGAAGAGUGUUUCUCAUGGUUAGAUAGCUACAUCUCCAAAUACGAUGUAGGCAUUUGGCUAGGUGAUUUAUAUAGUGGAAAUUACAUUAUCUGUCUAGUUCAUGUGGAGAGGAAUGUCAUUGGGGUGUUUUUGAUUACUUUGUCUUUGUAGAGACAUUGGUGCAAAAUGGAUGUUGACAUUAAACUAGAGGAAGAUGAGAGGGAGAUAUCCCAUACAGUAAUUUGGUCUGAUUCAACAUUGUCAGAAAACACAGAAACAGGUUACCAUGUGGGUUUACUGAAAGAGCAUUCACAUGUACCUCCCAUCAGUCCCCAAACAACAAGCCACGGGCAGAUUUUACGUCUUUUUCCUGAAAUGAACGGAGCAAGUGAUGGGGAGAACAGGGCUGUCAAAGUGGUUUAUUUCUGUAAAGAUCAAUAUACCAUCGGCACAUCUGAAGGGAAUUCAAUCAAAGAGCAGUCAUGGCAUUUAGCACCGUCCAGUGAUAUUCUGACAGGACAUGCAUCCACUUUCAGUGGUUAUUUUGAAGCUCAAAUCAACCCAACUUCACAGGUUUCUAGCCAAACACAGACCAAUAAUAAAUUGCCCUCUGACAAUGUUAAUAUCCCAAGCCCUAGUACUGCCAUUCAAUCUGUGCUAACCUCACCUCCUACAGAAAACGACUGUAAUUUAGGUGUAUCAACUAGGCCUAUUCUUCCAGAAUAUUGUGAGCCAUUGAACUUUCCCUCUGAUGAAGAGGAAGACUACAAUGCCAAUUUAAGUCCAAGACUACAAUGCCAGAAAACGUUAGAGGAUAAAUGGAUACGUCAGUGUCGUGGCAGUUACUCAAGACCCAACCUAAGAAAGUUUGGGAGAUAUUGGAAAGAUCCAUACGUCAAGUGCAAGGAGAUCGGUGUAGAUUUCAAUGUUGGAUCUGGAGCGAAACAGAAACUUAAUUUGCAUUUACUGACAGUUGGUGUAAUGCUUGAGGUGUCAGAAUAUGCUAGAAACAUUAAUAGAUCUCGCCCUCAUGUUAUCUUUGAUAUUCUAGAUUACAACUUUGUUCUUGGUGUACAAAAUGAACAACAAUAUGACUUUUCAAACAGGGUAGAAAAGAAAUUAAAAGAAAUGCUGAAGAUGCGUUCUAAGAGAACACCUGAGUGGUUAACAGAGGUCUUUGACCUUCCUGAUCCAAAGACAGUUACAGUUUUGGUAUACUCCCUUAAAUGGGCACAGUUCUAUUUGCAAAACAGCUUGUCAAAUCCUACACCUUUUGACAUUUGCAUAAAGGAGGAGCCUGUUGUGGGCCUGAUCUCUCCUCUGCAUGUGGCGACUGAGAGCUUCUCCACUGAGACAGAUGUGACACGGUGUGCUGAUGAGACGGCAAUCCUUGGCCCUGAAAAUGGACGUAAUGAUACCUGCACAAAGUAUGAGCCUUAUAUGGGCAUCGUCCGUCCUCAACAUGUCCAGACGGAAACCUUCCCAACUCAGACAGAUAUAACAAUGGAUCAAUCCUUCAUGAUGCCCACUGUAGAAGAAGCAUUGAGGGAACUCUACCCAAUCUGUAAGGGAAAAGGACUUGACCUUGUUGUGAAAUCAAAAUAUGGGAAAAAUAAGAAACUUGACUUGCAUCUAUUGACCAGAGAUGUAAUGUUUGAAUUGGCUGAUUUUGCCUCACUAGUGUGUGGAAAUUGGAAGCAGGUUGUGUGUGAGUUUCUCGAGCAUAAUUUUGAUUUGGAUUUAAAAAGUGGGAAAACUGAGCUGGCCGAAGAUAUUAUGGGAAGGUUAAAAGCAGUUUUACAGCGCAAGACGGGUACAAACGGUACAUGGAGAUUGGGACUUGAAAAUGAAGCUUUCUUAAAGAAGUCACGCAAACGAAAGAACCCUGCGGAGAUGUCCACUAACCAGAAGGUCACUACAGCAUCACUUGAGCCGAAAUACCAAAUGAAAGAAGUAUCAAAAAGGAGGAGAUUGAAUUUAAUGAGCAAGAAGAAAGACAUGGACAUGUUAGUAACCAAGGAGACCGAGGGAGGCCAUUUCUCUGAAGUAGUACAAAUAGAACCUCAUCUUGUCAAAAUAGAGAGAAUCUCUGAUGAGACUGACCUUGCACUUUGUACUGACGAAACAAAGCAAAUUGUCGUUACCAACUUGGACCAAUCAAAUGUGACGUCUCACACCAAAAAUAUGGUGAAAGCCAAAGCGUGCUACCCACUCUGUGAGGAAAUAGGUCUGGACCUUGAUGUCACAUCCAAACCAUCUAAAAAGAAACUGGAAUUGAAUUUACUGACAAACGGUGUAAUAUUUGAGGUGCAUAAAUAUGCUAGGAUAAAAUCCAAUCCUAAAAAAAAAAAAAGUGGGUGCAUUCUCUUUGAUAUUCUAAAAUACAAUUUUGAUCUUAGUUUGCAAAAUCAGAGACGUAAUCUAAUUCCACUGCAUAUUUGCUGUAAAGUGAAACGAAUGGUUCAGAAACACAAAUCUGAGCUCAUGAGAAAAAGAGCAGUCUCAAAAGAGGUGUUCAUAAUACCGAGUGUGAUUAAAAGACAAGCAAAAACAAAUGUGCUUUCAGAUUAUUUUCCUGAAAAAAAUAUGGAACAAAACGCAAGGCUGGUUUAUCCUCAUCAUGGUAAAGACACUAUCUCUGUGGAGACAGCUGAAACAGUCUCCACUGAUGAAGCAGCGAUGCUUGACCGGGAUAAUGGACCUGCUGAGAUCUGCAUAAAGGAGGAGGAGGUGUCAGAUCUUUACUCUGAGGUCAAACAGGUUUAUUUCUGCAAAGACCAAGAUACCGUCAGAACAUCUGAAGAGCAUUUGAUCAAAGAUGAAUCAUGGCAUGAAUCAACACCCAGUAAUAUUCCGACUGGAAAUGUAUUCAGCCUUCCACAGGCACCACUACCAGCUGCAGAAAGUGGUCCUUUCCGAAGUAAAACCGAGCCAACUUCACAGAUAUAACCAGACGGUCCAAUGCAGAAUCACUCGAGACAAAAUACCAUAGACUUGACAGAAGUAACCAGGGGAAAAAAGGGAUUUAAUGAGGAUAAAUACAUGUUUAUAGCCAAGAAGGAAAAGAAAGUUGUCAGACAAGUAGAACCUCAUUGAGAUGAGAUGCAUCUGCCAGGGAAAAGAAAAGUACUUCCUUUACUUCCUGACUGAGAUCUCAGGGGGGGAUACAAGAUGGAAAGAAAAGUCUGAUCUGCUCGCUGUGAAACGCCAGUUUCUCAUUUGCCUGAAAAAAUAUGAGAAAAAGAUUGAUAUUGUUUUAUGUGAUGAAGUGCAACACGAGGUGGAUUCUUACUGAAGUUUCAAAAUGCUUUGUAGUCGAGACUGGUUCUGAGAAGAAA